AUGUGGAGAAAGCCUUACCACAGCUCUGGAGGAGGUAAAGGCCACCAUGAGGACAGAGCCUUACCACAGUUCUGGGAGGAGGUAAAGGCCACCGUGAGGAGAGCUCUGGAGAUCCUUACCAUAGCUCUGGAGGAGGUAAAGGCCACCAUGAGGAGAGAGUCUUACCACAGCUCUGGAGGAGACGGUGUGUCCCGUGCCGGUUCGGCCCUUUUCAACGAGCUGCGUAAUGCCGUGUUUGGGAAGGUGGCCCAGAGUUCCAUCCGCCGUAUCGCCAAGAACGUGUUCCUGCACCUCCACAGCCUGGACCUGGGCUUCCACCUGUCCCGCCAGACGGGCGCGUUGUCAAAGGCCAUUGAUAGGGGCACCAGGGGCAUCUCCUUCGUCCUCUCUGCCAUUGUCUUCAACCUGGGACCCACUGUUUUUGAGAUGGGGCUGGUCUCUGCUAUCCUGUAUUAUAAAUGCGGGGUGGAAUUUGCUGCGGUGACUCUGGGUACUCUGGGAGCGUAUACCGCCUUCACCAUUGCUGUCACACAGUGGAGGACUCGGUUCAGGAUAGAGAUGAACAAGGCAGACAACGAGGCAGGAAACGCUGCUAUUGACUCUUUACUCAACUAUGAGACCGUUAAGUAUUUCAACAAUGAGAAGUAUGAAGCAGAGAAGUAUGAUGGUUAUCUGAAGAGCUACGAGUCCUCCUCCCUGAAGACCACCUAUACCCUGGCCAUGCUCAACUUUGGACAGAGUGUCAUCUUUAGUGUGGGCCUCACUGGUAUCAUGGUACUAGCUAGCAAGGGGAUCAUGGCAGGCUCUAUGACAGUAGGAGACCUGGUGAUGGUGAAUGGUCUGCUGUUCCAGCUCUCUCUGCCUCUUAACUUCCUGGGCACCGUGUACAGAGAGACACGCCAGGCCCUGAUCGACAUGAAUACACUCUUCACACUGCUCAGUGUUGACACCAAGAUUAAGGAAAGAGAGCUGGCCCCUCCUCUCUCCGUCACCCCUCAAGAAGCCACCAUCAGGUUUGAGGAUGUCUACUUUGAGUACCUGGAAGGACAGAAGGUUCUAGAGGGCGUCUCCUUCCAGGUGCCGGCUGGGAAGAAGGUGGCCAUCGUAGGAGGGAGCGGAUCAGGGAAGAGCACCAUAAUGCGUAUGCUGUUCCGGUUUUACGAGCCCCAGAAGGGGAACAUCUACAUCGCUGGACAGAACAUCAGGGACGUUGGACUGGACAGCCUGCGACGGGCCGUAGGGGUGGUACCACAGGAUGCAGUGCUCUUCCACAACACCAUCUUCUACAACCUUCAGUACGGGAACAUCAACGCCACGCCAGAGGAGGUGUACCAGGUGGCACGGCUGGCAGGGAUCCACGAUGCCAUCCUCAGGAUGCCCCACGGAUACGACACUCAGGUCGGCGAGAGGGGACUCAAACUGUCAGGUGGGGAGAAGCAGCGUGUGGCCAUAGCCAGGGCCAUACUGAAGAACCCUCCUAUCCUGCUGUAUGACGAAGCUACCUCCUCACUGGACUCUAUCACUGAGGAGAACAUUCUUAGUUCCAUGAAGGGUCUGGUCCAGGACCGGACGUCCGUGUUCAUCGCUCACAGACUGUCCACCAUCGUAGACGCAGACGAGAUCAUUGUACUCAACAAGGGUAAGAUAGCAGAGCGAGGGGACCACCACUCUCUCCUGGCUACUCCAGGCUCUCUGUAUGCUGACCUGUGGAACACUCAGAACAGUAAGAUACUGAACAUUAAGAACAGCCCGGUGCAACUGCAGCCAGAGAGACUCAGCCAGAAGGAGGAGGAGAGGAAGAAACUACAGGAGGAGAUCAUGAACAGUGUCAAGGGCUGUGGGAACUGCUCCUGUUGAGGAGAGGAGAGACAAGGACAUCCCUCAAUUACCGUCCUCCCUUUCUCCUUCCUUCACUCACUGACAGCCUGCCCUCAGUACUUUAGUCUCUCUCAGGGGAGGGGACAUCUACACCUCUCCAUCUCACUCCUGCCACAACAAACCCUGGGCUGACUGCCCCUCCCCUUGCUCCUCUUGAGAAGACGAUUGGUGGCCGAAGAGGAGACUGAGAAGGAAGCCUAUCUGCCAUUGGCUGAUGUCUACAGAGAGGCAGUGUUCAUCUACCAAUCAUCUCAGGACAAACCACGCAUAAGAGAUCUGGUAUAUGAUGACAUCAUGGUGUAUAGGAUUGAGUAAGAACAGGACUGAUGGACUGAGUAAGAACAGGACUGAUGGACUGAGUAAGAACAGGACUGAUGGACUGAGUAAGAACGGGACUGAUGGACUGAGUAAGAACGGGACUGAUGGACUGAGUAAGAACAGGGCUGAUGGACUGAGUAAGAACAGGACUGAUGGACUGAGUAAGAACAGGACUAAUGGACUGAGUAAGAACAGGGCUGAUGGACUGAGUAAGAACAGGGCUGAUGGACUGAGUAAGAACAGGACUGAGUAAGAACAGGACUGAUGGACUGAGUAAGAACAGGACUGAGUAAGAACAGGGCUGAUGGACUGAGUAAGAACAGGACUGAUGGACUGAGUAAGAACAGGACUGAUGGACUGAGUAAGAACAGGACUGAUGGACUGAGUAAGAACAGGACUGAUGGACUGAGUAAGAACAGGGCUGAUGGACUGAGUAAGAACAGGGCUGAUGGACUGAGUAAGAACAGGGCUGAUGGACUGAGUAAGAACAGGACUGAGUAAGAACAGGGCUGAUGGACUGAGUAAGAACAGGACUGAGUAAGAACAGG